GCACAACCUUGUCCUCCCAUAACACAGACAGAGGGGACAGGAGAGGAAAGGAGUCAACAUUCGGUAACCCAACAUAAACCAGCUUUACAGAGCAACAAGCCAUCUUACUCAGUGGAUGUACUACAGCGCAAGAGGAGUGACUGUAUCUGCUUCUGCUUGUCACAUGCACUUACUCUAGUCGGAGGGGAAAGUCAGACCGAGUGUGGACACCCAGUAGCCGAGUGGCUGGCCAAUCUAGGACCAUGAAGCUUAGUGUGGCGCUGUUUUUUGCGGGGCUCUUUGGGGCGUUGGCAGCUGUGCUCAUCCUCCUCUCUUUUGGAACUGAUUACUGGCUGCUGGUCUCAGAGAGCUGCCUCCGAAGCCCUGCCGGAACCGUUGGCCCAGGCGGUGUGACUGAGGGGCCUGGAAAUGUGGUGUUAGAGGACGACAGUAGUGAGGUUAUUCUAUCCCAUGAGGGUUUUUUCUGGAGGUGUUCCUUUGGAAGCAACAUGGGUGAUGACAACUUGAUAUGGAAGCUCUGGUUCACAAAUCAGCCACACUCAAAAGUGUGCGUGCACGCCUACCUCUUCCCAUUCCCGGUGUCUCAUCAGACCCACAAUGCCACAGAGUACGAUUCUGCUAUAAUCUACAGGGGCUUCUGGAGCAUCUUUAUGCUCAUUGGUGUGGUGGCUGUAGUGCUUGGUGGGUUCAUCAUCAUCUGUGCUGCUCCAUUUGCCAGCCACCGUCUGUACAAAGCAGGGGGCGGCCUCUUCCUGGCAUCUGGUAUUUUCCUGCUGUGUGUGGUGGUGAUGUACGUGCUGUGGGUGCAGGUGUUUGAUGCGAUGGAUGUCUACAUACACCAGCGCUCAGCGGUGUGUCCAGACUUUCAGCUGUCCCUCAGCUAUGGCCUGUCCUUCAUGUUUGCCCCCUUUGGCAUCUUCUUCAGCUUUCUGGCUGGCCUUCUUUUCCUCCUCAUCGGUCGAACGGUCCAGAUUCACUACCACUGACUUGAACCAGCAGCAGGUUAGAGGAAGAGUAGGGCCUGAGGUGUUUGGAAUACCAUUGAUUUUUUUUUUUUUUUUUUUUACACCAGCAGAUCUUUGACAUUUUGUCUGCCUAGUAAAAGCAGGAGUCUGUAGAUACUAAGUGGCAGCUUUGUGGUAUAGAUGAUCUGACAGGCUUGGACACUUUGUUCCAGGAUAAAAAUAUUGCAACCAUUGUUGAGCUCAGAAAUGUCAUCAGAAUCACUCCACCCUGAGCUACAUUCAAUUGAGGUACGUUACAUACAGUUCUGUGUUAUCUGUGGUUUGUAGACUAUAUGAGUUUCUCAACAAACCUGAUCACACACAGUAUAAAUACCUGUGGUGUAUAACAUUUUUGUUUAAAAAUCUUGUGUGUUGAUGGUUACGAGGCUUAUGAGUGUAUCCUUUUGAAACCCAAAUUUACCAGAAAUUUAAAGUUAAUGAUGGAAACAUUUUGUUAAUUGAAGCAUAUUUUGUCUGCAUGGGAAUACAGUGUGUUCCCUGCUUUAACAACUAUUUAAAAUAUAUAUUUUACUUUGUAUAGCAUUUAAAAAAAAAACAAAAGAGAACAACAAAAUAACAACAACAUCAAAAAUGUGCAUAAUGAAAAGCUUAUGAGGUGGCAUGAUCAUUUUUAUAAUCUGUAUAUACAGUAAUGGGAGUCAGUGCCUUUGGAAAAAACACAGGCCCAGCAGCCUUUUCUGUGUUCAGCUUAAAGGAUAAGGCUGAUGAUAUUCUAUAUUUUUGUAAUUGUCAACUAAAACCCAUGAAAGCCCAAAACCAACAAUGCAAUUGUCUCUCAAUAUUUUCCAACUUCCCUUGUUUAUCUAUGGGACUCAGCUCCAAGUUCAUGCAUUUACACUGAAAUUGUAAAUCUUUGAAACAGAUUUUAAAAAUAUACUUUCCUGUUUUUUUUUUUAGGCAAAUUAAGUGCCUGAAAUGGGUGGCCACUGUAGUUUCUUAGCAAACUUUACUCAAACAGUAGUAAACAGCCCAUUUGUUCGGGACUAUUUUUUGCUGUGCCAUGUUCAUCAUAAUGACGGAACAUGUCACCAGGUGUAACAGCAUGGCUCACUGAUGUGUUUUCAAUAGUUUUUGGACAACAAUGGAGCUCUAUGGCACAAAGAAAUGAAUUACAGUAUAUCAGGGUUUGGCUUUACAGAUAAUAGGGUCAACUGAUUGUUGGUUUUGGUCUUUUCAUGAGAUUUUUUGACACUAAGAAAAAUAUAAAAUAAAAUACAUAACUAUCAUCAAACUUAUCCUGUAAUAACUUCAAAUAUUCACAUUUUACUGAGUGUAUCAUGCUUAAUAUUUUCUGCUUUUUCUGCAGUAUUAUUUUACUAUUUCUGUACAUAGCCUGAAACUGUGUUGUUUUUUGGUCGUAUAGUUGUAGUUCGACCAGCUCCUUGGUUCAACACGUUUUAUUGUCUUUAUAAGUGAAGCUAGAAGCAAGAAUUAAUUUUUUAUGUUGCUUUUAUGUAACUGUUUUAUUUUCAUGUUGUUAUGUGUUUGUCAGUCCGUUUUCUCUGUGAGUUGUUAAAUUGUGUGUUGUGAGAUUCGGACAUAAAAUUAUAUCUGUCCGAAUAAAUAUUUCUGUGAUCUGUUUGUCAAUAAAAUGGUGAAGAUAAGCAAUGAUGUCUAAAAUAAAUCAUUUUGUCCAGCAAUGACCAGUCACGAGAACACCCUUUCCACCUGGGACAAACUGA